CGCGGAUCCGACAGGUCGUGUGCCACACGCCGUGUAUUGGGGCCUUUUCGCACGGAGUUCCAGCACGGCCAUAGCACAACCUCUUUCCGUCGGCAAAUGUGGGAUGGCCGGAACACGAGGGGGAGGUUGGGUGCCACAUCCUGCAAUUGGCACUGUGCUCGCCAUGGUGCGGGAGGACGAGAGUUUGGUUGUUGCCGAGCCACAGAGUCAGAGUUACGUUAUCCAUCAUUGGCGCCGCGAUGGAACAUAUCAUCAAUACCACCAGAGCCCAGAUGGAGAACUCGGUCUUCCACCAGUUAUUCCACUGCAUUGUAAAAGAGGUACUGGGAAUGAAGUUGGUGAGGAACCUAUUGAAAUGGUCUGGGGGCAAGAUGGACAGAAUAAAAAUAAUAGCCACGACAAAUCUUCGUUAUCCAUGAUGGCGAGUGAGCAGGCGGAUGGUUUGAUUACUUCGAAAAUAGCUACCCCGCCACUGUACUUUAGUGGAAAUCUUGAAGAAGCGCCAUUAUCUGCUCUUCAUCGCGGUCGUUACCUCCCUGAUGUGGGUGCCUCAUGUAUUCAGCUCUCGCAGUUGAAUCUCGCGUCUCUACGAGCACAUAAGCAAGAAAUGCUUGGUGACAUCGCCUCUGCGAAUGCGGGUGCCUACGCCACGGGGACAACGGGUUUUACGACGGGGGAACCCACCCUCGCUGCAAAAGGAGGGGUGGCGGAAGCCGCACAAAGUGAAUUGCAGCGAAUUCAGAUGCGUUUUGUGUCCAAUGAUCCCGCUCUUGCCGAAGCCGCGGCGAAUGGAAACGUGGUCUUCCUGACAAGCUCCAUAGAGGCAGUUGGAACCUUUGUGGCGCUGACAAAUGGCACCAUCCGCUGUCAUUUUGACGACCGCACGAUUCUUUUUCUUGUCCCGGGUGCGGAUGAUAGAGAGGAAAAUUUGGUGGCCACUUGCCUUUUCCGUGACGCCACGCAGUGUUCAAUGCGGCUAGUGAAGUGUGCUCAACACCAUCGAAUGUAUCGCUAUGUAGCUCACGCGCUACAGUUCCGCCGCUUUUCUCGUCUUUCUCCAGAGGCACGCACGGCUGUAAUGAAUGAAACGGCUGCAUUGAAGUUGCAGUAUCUUGAUGAGACGGAAUGGCAAAGAGAGAGAAAAAUGGAGUGGGAACUGCAACAACUACUCAGUAGAACAGAAGCUCUCCUUUCGGGUAACGAUGAACUGAGUCGGUUGAAUCACUCGCUGCUCCGCGAGGAGAAGGAAAAUGCCUCGUCCUACUUUUCAUGA